UCGUCGGCGCUGCGUUGCCGUUUGCCGUUGACGGUGUCGUUUGCCCGUUUUCGAUGUCGUUGUUCAAUGGCUAAAAACUCGGGUGUUUGGUGCGCCCAGAGCAUGUGAAAAAUUGACGACGUUUGCGCCAGAUAACAUAUACGUUGCGAAUUUAUUUAUAACAAAUUCACGAAAAUUAACCGAGAGCGCAGUGUGUGUGUAAAUAUAUAAGAUAAAAAAUAAUAAAUCAAGAGAAAAAAGGAAAAUCUCUACAUAUAUAUUAUUAUAUCCAAUCAAUUGAUUUACAGUGCAAAGAAAAAGUGCAGCCAAAAUAAAUACAAAUAUAUAUAUAUAAAUACAAAAAAUGCAAUCGCAUUAAGGCAACUGUUGCAGUUGCCCAGUUGCAGCAACAACAGCAACUUACACAAAGUUAAGUUAGUUAAACUUGAAGAGAAAAGUUACCAAAUUACAGAAAUCACCGAAAAAAGUGCUAACUUUAAAGCGAAAUUUUUUUGUGGGGCACUUCCGAGAGAAUGUCGCAGUGCAAUAAUGUUGCAACUGUCGGCAGCAGCAACAAAAGUAAUAAUAACAACAACAACAACAACAGCAGUAGCAGCUUCAACACAUUAACAACAACAGCAACAGCAACAACCACAAGCAAAUCAAUCAAUUCUGCGGCCAACAACAAGUGUUUAAGCCAAAAGAGUUCGGCAUGAAAUGGAAGCAGCUAUACGCUCCACUUCAGUGCAGGUCGGUGCUCCGCCGCCCACAAACAACAACAACAGCAGUAGUAGCAGCAGCAGCAGCAACAACAACACUAGCAACACUAAUAACAACAACAAUAGCAGCAGCAGCGGCAGCCACAACAGCAGCAGCAGCAACAACAACACACCAAACGGUGCGCAGCAGCAGCAGCAGCAACAACACCACCAGCAGCAGCAGCAGCAGCAUCAUCAGCAGCAGCAACGUGUUGUUGCCAGCAGCAACCAGCAACAACAGCAACAGCUGCAGCAGCAGCAACAACAUCAGCAGCAGCAGCAGCAUGAUAAUGGACCAACGUCCCAUCAUUUGCAUCAAUCAUCUAUCAGCAUUUCUAAUCAGCAAAAUAAAGCGACGCAACAGCAACAGCAGCAGCAGCAGCAACACCAAAAGCAGCAACAGCAACAGGCUUCCAACAUGUCCGCGUAUCAGCAACGCCUGCCAUCAAAUGCAGCAUCCAUUCACAGCCCCCACUGGUCGUACAGGGCCCUCGAGCUGCCGCAGUAUGCCAAGCAGGUGGCGCACCUUCAGCAGCAACAGCAGCAGCAGCAGCAGCAUCAGUCGCACCAGCAGCAGCAGCAGCAACAGGACCAACGCACCAACCUGCAUCCGCAAAUCCAUCACCACCACCAACAGCAGCAGCAGCAGCAACAGCAGCAGCAACAGCAGCAGCAACAGAAACAGCAGCAACAGCACAUGCAGCAGCAGCAGCAACCUUUGUCACCACCUCGUCCUGGAAAUUCUGGUAGCGGCAACAGCGGCGGCAGCAGCAACAGCAGCAGUGCAGCAGCGGCAGCAGCAGCAGCGGCAGCUGCGGCGGCGGCCGUUAAUCCCGGUUACUCGCCAUCAUCCGCAGCAGCAGCAGCAGCAGCGGCGGCGGCCGUCAACUCCGGCUACCCGCCACCACCCCCGCAGCAUCGUUUCAUUCAGAACACGGGCUACAGCAUUGCCCCGGCGCCCAACUACCGCGAUAAUCCCUACUCGCGUCACACCCAAAUUCAGCAGCAGCAGCAACAGCAGCAACAACAGCAGCAACAACAGCAACAGCAACAGCAGCAGGCUGCAGCGUCGAUGCCCGAGUAUCAGAGGGCAGCAGCUCGAGCGGCUGUGGCGGCUGUUUCGGCGGGCAAGGGCAACGUUGCUGGCCAAAGUUCCAACACCAGCAGCAGCAGCGGCAGCGGCAGCAGCAGCGGAGUUGGUGGUGGCGGAGGAAGUGCCGGCGGAUCAGCUCCACCCGGCGGCGGUGUCGUCCAGGUGUCGCAGUCCGGCGGUGUGCUGGUCAUGGAGGCCAUGCCCCACUAUGCCAGUCAACCAAAUAGUAAUCCCUCCCAGCAGCAACAGCAGCAGCAGCAGCAGCAGCAACAGCAGCAAGGCGGCAAUCCCAGUGGCGCGGGUGGAUCAUCUGGUGCUGGCGGCGGCGGCGGCGGAGGCGGCGGUGGCAGCGUAAUGGUCGGGAGUCUGGGGCGCAUCCUGAUGCCCCAUCCGCAGGCUCUGCAAUACACCAGCGAGUACCUGACCAAUGCCACAGCGGCCGUUGCUGCGGCGAUGGUCAACCAGCGACAGCAUUUGCAGCUCCAGCAGCAGCAGCAACAGCAGCAGCAGCAGCAACAUCCGCCCGAGCCAUUUGGCGGCCAGCAGCCGUACAAGAAGCAGCGGCUCAGCGACGCCGACGCCAGCAGUCGGCAGAGUUACAAUGACGUGUGCCGCCAAAGGGGCCCCAUGCCCAUGGGCAUGCAGCUCAAGGUGGAGACGCUGUCACAGCAGCAGCAACAGCAGCAGCAGCAGCAGCGACAACAGCAGCUGCAGCAGCAGAUGCAGCCGAUGCAGCAGCAACAUGGCACACAAUCCCAGGGCCGCAACCAGCCAGCGGUGAGCAGCAUGUCCUCCGUGGUUAGCCAGCCAGUGGGCACCGUCGUCACCUCCAUCUCCACGGCGGGCACAACGGCGAGCCACAGCGGCAGCGGCAGCAGCAGUGGCAAUGUUGCCACCGGACCGGGAUCGGGCAACACGGGAGCCGCCAGCACCGAGGCGUACCAUCCUCAGGUGGAGGCCAUUUCGCCGACGCUGCCCAGCGACAGUUCGAUGGAGGAGCGCGGUAGGACCAGCGCCAAGGAGGACCUGCUCAUGCAGAUCCAGAAGGUGGACAAUGAGAUCAAGUCCGCGGAGACGACCAUGGAGACGCUGCGCAAGAAGGAGAAGUCCCUCAUGGAGGAGGCCGCCCUGGCCAAGGAGCAGCGGGCCGCCAAGGAGUUGAGCGACAACAACAACGACCAGGAUGAGCAGGUGGUGGAGCUGUCGUGGCGCAGUCAAAUGCUCGCGGAGAAGAUCUAUGCGGCCAAUCGGAAGACGGCCCAGGCGCAACAUUCCAUGCUGCAGAAUGCAGCGGCCGACGAAUCCUCGCCAGGCUCCAUGGCCGGCCGACCCUGGCUGCCGCUGUACAAUCAGCCGCUCGAUGUCGAGGCCCUCACCAUGCUGAUACGCCAGCAUCAGAGUCAGAUACGUGCGCCCCUGCUGCUGCACAUCCGGAAGCUGAAGGCGGAGCGCUGGGUGCACAAUCAGGGGCUGGUGGAGAAGUACACCAAGGAGCAGGCGGACUGGCAGCGGCGCUGCGAGCGCAUGGAGGCCAGCGCGAAGAGGAAAGCACGCGAGGCCAAGAAUCGCGAGUUCUUCGAGAAGGUGUUCACGGAGCUGCGUAAACAGCGCGAGGAUAAGGAGCGCUUCAAUCGCGUCGGUUCGCGCAUCAAAUCCGAGGCGGAUCUCGAGGAGAUCAUGGAUGGGCUGCAGGAGCAGGCGCUGGAGGAUAAGAAGAUGCGAUCGUAUGCGGUCAUACCGCCGCUGAUGCACGACGCCCGCCAGCGGCGAUGCGCCUAUCACAACGAAAACGGACUUAUCGACGAUAUGGUGGCGGUGCAUCAGCAGCGCAAGGCACUGAACAUGUGGACCGCCGGCGAGAAGGAGACGUUCAAGGAGAAGUACUUGCAGCAUCCGAAGAACUUCGGGGCCAUUGCCGCCAGUUUGGAUCGCAAGUCGCCGCAGGACUGCGUACGCUACUACUACCUCAGCAAGAAGACCGAGAACUACAAGCAGCUGCUGCGCAAAUCCCGCCAGCGGACGCGCAGCUCGCGCAAUCCAGCCAAGGCGCAGGCCGCUCAGCCGCAGUGCAUCAUCGAUUCGAUGACCACCGGCGUUAUGACCCGCCUGCAGCGCGAGCAGCAGCAAAAGUCCGGCGGUCGCUCCUCCGCCGUUGCCGAGCGUGAGCGUGCCGAACGGGCUGCCGAGCGGGAACGGGUGGCGGAGAAGGCGGCGGCGGAUGCUGCCAAGGCGGCCGAAAGUGCCGCCGAGAAGGCCAGCGCCGCCACCAAGGCUGUCGAGGCAACGGCUGCCGGUGAAAAGGUGGCCAAAGCGGCUGCCGCUGCGGCGGCGGCAGCAUCAGCAACCACAACAACAGCAGCCACAUCAUCAUCAUCAGCAGCAGCAGCAACAUCAUCAGCAACGGCCAGUGCAGCGAGCUCGACAGGAGCAGCAGCAGCGGAUAAAACGAAUGAGGCCGGCAAGACGGCGAGCGCCAGCAGCGAUAAGAAUGCGGCAACAGCUGGAGGACCAACAGCAGCAACAGGAGGAGGAGCAACCUCGGCAGCAGCAGCAGCAGCAGCAACCACACCUGCAACAGCAACAGCCACGGCUACAGCACCACCAGAGAUCUCAGCGGGCGGCGGCGAGGCCAAGAGCAAAACCGCCGAGGAGGAGGCAGCGGCCACAGCCGGCGCAGCAACCGUCGCCACCGCCGGCACCCCGGCAACCGGAGCGAGUGCCGCCAGCGCCGGAGACAAUGCGACAACGGCAACGGGCGCCACCGCAACGGCAGCGGCCAAGGGUGUUGGCAAACCGGAAACAGCGACCGAGCCAGCGGGCACGGCGGCAAAGGGAGCGGACUCGCGGCAGGAAGCCAACGAUCCGCUGGCCAAAGCUGGUGCGAAGGCCGUCAAUGCCGAUGGCUAUAAUGCCAGCAGCAAUGCGACAGCAGCCGCCUCCGCAGCGGCGCAGGGCGUAACCUUGAAUGGCUUCAAGCCAGGCUACCAAACUGUGGUCAUCGCCAAUGUGAAGGCGUCCGCGGGUGGCGAUGAUUCUGCGCCCGCUGGUGCAGCAGCAGCUGGAUCGGCAGCAGCGGCGAAUGCGGCGGCGAUUGGCGAUAAAAUCGUGAAGACAACGCCGUCAUCCAGGGCGACAAAUUCAAACGCUGCAACGGCGGCGGCGAGUGAGAGUGGUGCUGGUGUGAACACCUAUGGGCACACGGCCACCACGGCGGGCAACUAUCUUGGCCAGAAACUGAAGGCUGCCCAAGUCGAGGGACUGGGAGCUGGCAAUGAACUGCACUCAGAUGUUAGUGAAUCCAAGAGGAAGCGCUUCGAACUAAAUGCCGGCGAGGCAGCUGGAAACGCAACGGCAGCGAUGACAAAUAGCAGCAGUGGCAUCAGCAAUAGUCACGGCCCCAUGAAGGGCAAUGCCAAGGAUGGAUCGUUGGCCAAGACAUCGCUGCCAUCCACGUCGUCGUCUUCGGUUGUCGUCACAUCCUCGCCAUCCGCGGCAUCCUCAUCCUCAUCCUCAUCGUCAUCCGCCUCCUCAAUGCUGCUGAUCAGCGCCGCGUCCAUCAUGUCGACGGCAUCGGGCGCCAAGUCCUCGUCCUCGUCCACGGCGACAACGACGGCCACAGCAUCGGCGAUCUCCUUGCCGCUCCUGUCGGAUGGCAACGGCAAUUUGAUGGUCAAUGCAAUCGAGAUUCGCGCCCUCGAUGGCGACGACAAACUGGCCAGCUGCUUUGUGUGCAAGGCGGAGGCGUGUCCACGCACCCGCCCACUCAAGAAGGGGCGUGGCCAGCAGUACGGCAUUCCGGACGAGACGAUUCCGGCGGGCGCACGGGUCUGCAACAGCUGCCAAUGCAAGUCGGUGCGCAGCCGCUAUCCCAACUGUCCGCUGCCCACGUGCCCCAAUCCCAAGGAUCGGGCGCAGCGCCUGCGGAACAUUCCCUCCCGUCUCUUCGAGCUGGCGCCCGAGCUGCGCGACCCGGUGAUGGCCGAGUUCCAGAUACCGCCGCACGCCACCCGCUGCUGCUCGGCCUGCCUCAUGCGCAUCCGCCGCAAGCUGGACCCGCAGCUGAAUCUCACCGAUGGCUCCAGCGGCGGCGCGGGCAGCGGCAGUGGCGGCGACGAGACGGACGUCAGCACCUCGUCGUGCGAUGAACGCGAGCCGGGCGGCUCCGACACCGCCUCCGUCGACAGUCCCGAGAAUCUGCAGCGCCACAAGUCCCUCACGUUGGUCAAACAGCAGCAGCAGCAACAGCAGCAGCAUCAGCAACAGCAGCAGCAGCACCAACAGCAGCUAUCGCAGCCACAACCACCGCCAGCACCGCAGCAGAAGGGCUCCUCGUCGAGUGGGCGUGGUGGAGAUCAGGGCACGCCACUGAUUAUCACCCCGACACGAAUGGGCAGCAAGGCGGGAUCGGGCGUGGCCGCCCAGUCGGCGGGCGACAAUGAUCGCCUGCUGCCGCCCGCCGCUGGCCAGGCGCCCAAGAAGCAGAAGACCAGCGAGGAGUACGACUCCUCCGCCACGGAAACGGCGGAUGAGGAGAACGAGAACUCGCCGGCCAAUCGCCAGAGUCCCAAGGUGCUGUUCCACGGCCAUGGACACGGCCAUGGCGGCGGUCACCCCAAUAAUGUCGCAGGCCUUCAGCCGCCGGCGGGCAAUAUGGUAGCUGGUGGUGUCCAAGCGGGAGGAGCACCGGGUCAGCAGGUCAACGGACCCAUGGCCAUGCGGCGCGAGGCCGUCAACAAUGUGCAGGAUUGCGUGUUCUCGGUGAUCGAGCGCUCGCUGAAGCACAAGGGGCCGCAGCCCAAGGGCGGCCAGGGUCAGCAGCAGGGUCAGGGUCAGGGACAAGGACAAGGACAGGGACAGGGCCAGGCUCCAGGACAAAGCCAGUCGCCAUCCCAGCAGCAACAGCAGCAGCAGCAACAACAGCAGCAGCAACAGCAGCAGCAGCAGCAGCAAUCUGCCAACAAUCUGGAACGCAAGGAGCUGACCAUCGUAAGGGAAUACCGCCAGGACCCGGGAAUUCUGAAGCAGCAGCAGCAGGUUGGCGGAGUACCGCCCACCUCGGGCGCCGGCAGCCUGCCGCAUGGCACCUCCGUACAGAAGCUACCCUCCCGACCGGCUGCAGUGGCACCUCCGCCACCGGCUCAUCCACUCACGCCCACCAGCACAGGAUGCGCCGGCGGCGGCAGUGGCAGCAACAACGGAACCAGCGACAGUCUGGCCACCUUGUCGGUGGUGAACACGCACAUGGGCGUGGUGGCACAGCUGGGUCAUCCGGCGCUAAUGGCGCACGCCAGUUCCGCUGGCGGUGUCGGUGUGGACAAGGCCACCAUAACGCCGGUGGUCAAGGGCGCCAGCGGAUCGUCGAAGAGCGGCGGUACGUCCAGCCACUCGACGCCCACGCCGCCGGAGACCAUCAUCUACAAUGUGCCAGCGGCGCAUCCGCAACGCGGCAUUCCGCCGCCGCCGUCGCAGCACUCGGUGCAUCCAGCACAUCCUGCCCAUCCGUCGCAUACACAGCAUCCGGCCCAUCCGCAGCAUCCGUCGCAUGGCCAGCAUCCGCAGCUGCAGGUGCCGGAGCCGGAGCCGCAAACCCUCGACCUGAGCAUCAAGAAGCCGCCGCGCGAUGGCCACUCACCGCACACGGGAGCCGGUGGCUCUGGCUCCGGAUCGGGCGGACCAUCGUCCUCCUCCGCGGACCGACAUCACGGCCCACCGCCGCCGACCAUGUCGAUGAAGCACAUUGUGCGCUCUGGCGGCAUGUAUCGCGGCGACACCGUCACCGUUCCUUCGCUGGCCGCUCCCAGUUCGUAUCUGUAUCCCACACCGCCGCACGGCGUGCUCAAGGCCACCGGCGGCGUGGGCGUGGUGCCCGGCGUGCUGCCCGGUGUGCCUGCCGGCGCACUGUAUCUGCAACCAUUGCCCGUGCCCGUGCCCAUUUCCAUUUCCGGGCAGGGCCAGCUGCCGCCGAGAGCUGGCCAACCGCCGCCGGCACAGCCGCCAUCCGGCGGCCGGGGUGUGGCCAAGGCGCCACCCAAGCUGAGUCCCCAGCAGGCCCACCAUCUGCAUCCCAGCCACGGCCACUCGCCGUCGCAGCAGCAGCAGCAACAACAGCAGCAACAGCAACAACAGGCGGCUGCAGCAGCAGCAGCAGCACAACAGCAACUGCUGGUGAAGAGCGGCUCGAUCACGCAUGGAACACCGGCGAACAGCGCCCAGCAGCAGAUAAUCGUGCAUGCACCAGCGACUGGAGCGUCGGCCCCCUCCUCCCUGCUGAGUCCCAAGUUCGAGGGUCUGGUCAGGCAGACGACGCCGGAGGGCGUGGGCUCGGUGGGAGGACCUGGAGGUGGACCAGGUGGACCAGGUGGCAAGCAUGGUUCGAUAACGCAGGGCACACCGCUGCACAUGCCGCCGCAUCACCUGGAAACGAAGCGGCCGUACGAGAGCUACUACAAGAGCUCCCAGCGCCACAGUCCCGCCCAACAACCGGGUGGCAAUCAGCAGUUGCCGCCGCCGCCGCAGCAAUCGUCGCCGCAGGCGCCACCGCCCCAGGGCUAUGGUGUGGGCGUGAGCUCCCCCUACGCACGGUCGCCGUUCGGCGGCGUGGUGGAGCAGCCGCAGGUGCUGAGCACGCGCCAAAUCGUGAUGCACGACUACAUCACCUCGCAGCAGAUGCAGGGACAGCAGCAGCAGCAGCAGCAACAGCAGCAGCAGCAGCAACAGCGCAACAUGUCGCGCGGCAGCAGUGCCAGCGGCGGUGGAGGCGGCGGUGGCUCCGACAAGGAGUCGCCCUCGCCGCGCAACAGUGUGGGCAGUGCCAGUGGCUUUGCCUACGGCGGCGACAAGGAAUCGGCGCCCCGUGGCCGACCGGAGUACUCCAGUCGUGCCUCGCCAGCCGAUCAUGCCAAUAGCACACCGAGUCCGCAUCGCACGCCGCCGCCGCAGCGACAAGGCGUCAUCCAGCGGCACAACACGGGCUCCAAGCCACCAUCGCCGGCUGCUCCGCCGCCGAGCAGGAUGCACAUGCCGCCGUAUCAAUAUGCGCCAAGUGGUCACGAUGCAUUGGCCUCGUUUGUGGACGUGGCCGUGCAGCAGCCGCAGUUGCCGGUGCCGUCGCAGAAGGAUGACAAAUCGCCGGGUGCCGCACCGCCGCCGGGACAAGUGCCCGGACCCGGUGCUGGCCCACCACUUGGACCCUCCCCGCUGCCGCCACACGCUGUGGUCGGCGUUGCCCAGCCACCGCCGCCGACCGCUCACCACGAUCAGCGGUAUCGCGACCUAACGCUGCACCAUCAUCAUCACACCCUGGUGCAGCAGCAGAUUGCGCAGCAACAGCACUACCGCAGCCUCAAUGUGGCCGCCCAGGUGGACAUGCAGCGGCACAUGGAUCAGGCGAAGCGUGUGCUGCGCCAUCACCAGGCCCAGCAGCAGCACCAGGCCCAGCAGCAGCACAACCAUGCGCUCGAGCGCGACCGGGAGAUCCAGGAGCGGAUGCGCGAACGGGAUCGUGAGCGGGAGAGGGAGCGCGAGCGUGAGCGCGACCGCGAGCAGCGGGAACGGGAGCGGGAACGAGAACGCGAGCGUGAACGAGAGCGCGAGCGACGCGAACAGGAUCGAGAGCGGCGUGUGGUGGCCGAGGAGCGGGAGCGCGACAGCAGACGCAUGGAGCGCAUGUUUGCCGGCAAUGUGGUCGCCGCAUCAGGUGGCGCCGGCGGCGGAGGACCACCGCCCGGCCAGUUUCUGCGGGCUUCGGUUCCGGAGACUGGGCCACCGCGCUCCAUCCCAGAUCGCGAACGGGAGUACUAUCGUCAGGCACAUGGCGGUCCACCUCCGGAGGAUGCGCCCGGGCAACUGAGCGCCCAGAGUCUGAUCGACGCCAUCAUCAAGCAUGAGAUCAAUCGCUCCAACGAUGCCACCGCCGUUCCGAAUCGCGAGUUUCCGCGCCCAUCCUUCGUGCAUGCCCCAUUGCCACCGCGUGGAUCCGGUUCGGGCGGCGGCACCGGCACCCGAUCCUCGCCAGCCAAUGUGCUCCAUCCGAUGUACCUGCGCGAUCUGCGCCAGCCGCUCGAGGGCGGAGCGGGCUCACUGCUGACGGCGGAGAACAAUGGCAAGCCGAGCUCGUCGGGAUCGCCCAGUGUGAUCAACAUUGAUUUGGAUCAGGAGCGCAUUUCAGCGGCAGCCGCAGCAGUUGCCCAACAGCAGCAGCAGCAACAGCAGCAGCAAGCGCCGCCUCCGUCGCAAUCGUCGCAGUCCAGAUCCGUGCACGGCCAACUGAGGACUCCGACCUCGCAGGCUGGCGGAUCAGCGCCCAGUCCGCAGCAGAUCCAUACGAAGAGCAUAACCUUUGGGGAACUAACCGAUUCGAUUAUCACCAAUGACUACGGCACCAAUCCGCAUCUGCGGCCCACGCCACCGUUUAUGACCUAUCUGCAGGAGACGCAGUCCAUCCUGCCGCCGGAUCGCUGGAAGCAGAACCGUCGCAUGCAACAGAAGGCGGAGGAGGCGAAGCACCAUUCCCAGCAGCAGCAGCAGCAUCAGCAGCAACAUCACGCCCAGCAGCAGCAGCAGCAACACCAUGCCCCGCAACAUCAUCCCCAGAUGCCGGGCACUGGCUCUGGCUCGGCACCAGGUGGUGGAGCUGGUCAGGGCGGUGCAGCCGGCGGUCCGGGCAGCGGAGGAGGCAGUGGCGCCGGCAGAGCCAGCACGCCUGGCGAGGAUGGACGCAACAUUAUCCGCAUGCCCCAGGCGGUGAGUCCGCGAAAAUUCAACCACGAGUUGAUGCUGCACCAUGUGAUGGGCACGGCGGGAGCGGGCGGUGAAGCCGGCCAGUUCUUCCUGCCCAGCCGUGUCGUGCUGCCCGAGCAGCGGGGCACGCCCAGCGGCGCUGGCGGAGCACCUGGCGCCGGUGGACCGGGUGGACCCGGAGGCGGUGCCACCACCAUUGACAACUAUGUGAAGACCCGCAUCGCUGAGGUGAUGCGCGACGACAUUGGCUAUGGCAAGAACCGCACUGUGGAGGUGCGCACCGAUGACGAAGUAACCGCCGAUAUGGUUGCCCACUCGCACGCCGCCGUCCACGCUGCACAUGUGGCGCACGCGGCCCAUGUCGCCCAUGCCGCUGCCCUGGAGCUGCAGCACAGAAGCAAGGAGCCGCCGCCGCCAGAGAUAAGUGUGUCACGCAAGACGCCCAACCAGUACGAGGUGGUAGAUGCCAGUGGACGGCGCUCAGCCGGCAGUGGUUCCGUUUCGGUCUCCGUUUCGGGUGCCAAUAGCCACCAUUCGCCGUAUCACCCACCGGCGGCAUACGCCCCCAGCACCUACUUCCCCUACAGCGCCCUCAACGUGCCCAGCGCUGCCGGUGGCUUGCCGCCGCACCAGCCGUUGCAGCUAGCCCACCAGGCGGUGGCGCCACCCGGUGCCUUUGCCAAGGCCAAGGCGGCGCAUGCCCUCAGUGAACUGGGCGCAGUCGGCGGCGGGGUGUCCUUGGUGGUGGGCGGCGGCUCGGGCGGAAUCGCUGGCGGACCAGGUGGUGUCUCGGUCGGCGGCGGUGGUGGACCCGGUGGCGGUGGACCCGGUGGUGGCGGACCAGGUGGCGGUGGCGGCGGACCAGGUGGCGGUGGUGGUGGCGUUCACAAUUCCAGUUCAUCGCAAGCAUCCGCUGCGGUGGCCGCGGCCGUUGCAGCGGCGGCCAGUGAAUCGAAGCCGCUGCUGUUGUCCAAGUACGAUGCCCUCAGCGACGAAGAUUAGUUGUGACUGCCGGCGUCGUCAUCGGCGUCGGCGUCGCACCUGCGGCCAGCAAC